AUGAUGAGACAAAGACGUUCCUAUCACUAUAUAAGUGAUCUGAAUAAAAUAAUAGCCAGCUAUAAUGACACGCCUCAUAGGAGCUUAAACAAUUUAACGCCCAAUCAAGUCAAUAAAGAAAAUGAAGCUGAUGUGUGGGCUUACAUGUACUUGAAAAAAUCUGGUGUUCAUAAAAAGGCGAAGCCAGUAUACAGAUUUAAAACAGGUGAUCUAGUGCGUAUAUCUUUUGCUAAGCAUCCAUUUCGCAGGGCCUAUCAAGAACAGUAUACUGCGGAAGUCUUCAAACUAAGUAGAAGAUUUCUACUGCAGGGCAUUCCUAUGUAUAAGUUGAAGGACUUGAAUGAUGAAUCAAUCAAGGGUAAUUUUUACACGUCCGAAUUAACAAAAGUAGACAAAGACAUUGACAGUCUAUGGUUUAUUGAAAAAAUAUUAAAACGUAAAAGAAAAAACAAGAAGCUUUAUUUUUUCGUGCAGUGGGAGGGCUUUCCAAAGACAUUUAAUAGUUGGAUUCUGGCGGAUGAAGUCAAAGAUACCGCAGGAACCUCGGCAUAA